ACGUGGGAAGCUCGCUGGCCCGCUCGACGGCGACAACCACCGGGUCGGCUCACGCUUCGUCAACAUCUCUCGACCUCUUCCGCUGAAGCCUUGUAAAAUAUUCUCCUCGCCGCAUAGAGUACGGCUGGUUCACUCCCCACCUACUCCUCCCCAAAGCCAGCCUGUCCUCUCCCCUGAUCCCUCUCAAUUAUUGGCCAGAACGCAAUAUUUUUAGUCCCACACCGGUCGAGGGUUUUUUGGGAGGAUUACCCUCGGAUGGCUUCCAAGCAAGAGACAUCAGAAGUCAGCUGAAACAAGACUGGAACAAGAGGAGAGAAGUGGAGGUAUUGAAGUCGUCAAGGCAAAGGGAGAGAAGGUUUGAAACAAAGACCGAUCCAAUCCCAAGAUACUCUUUAAGGCUCCAACCUGUACGAGUUCUUCUGCUACCAUGUGGUCUGUGCAACAAAAACGGCCGUAGAAACCGAAGGACUACGAAACUAUUAGCAGGCAUGUUGUCCUUGGAGAAGGGAUAAAAUAAGUAGAUGCCCAGAAUCCGCUGGGAAGUUGGUGGAUGACAAGAGAGAUGCACCUCCGUCUUGGGUUCUUUUCUGGUGGGAGGUAGCAGUGGUGGUAGUGCUUGGAGUAGCGUUAGGUUAUUCUAAAAGAGAAAAGAAGGGGAAAAAAAGGAGAAGCAUAGCGCCGUCUUUCUUUACCCUGCUUCUCUUUUGGUCUUAAUUAAUUCAAUCCUCAUCUUCUCUCGUUAUCUUCUUCCAGUUUGUCCUCCUCCUCUUUCUUUUGUUCUUUGCUUCCUUUCACUGUUUCAUCUCCUAGGUUUCAUCACACUUGAAUAAGGAAUUAGAGAAGGGUAGGAAAAAAAAAAACUAGGGAAGAUGGAUCCGAUAACGGCAUCAUCAGCACAUGGACAUCAUCUUCCUCCUCCAUUCCACACACGAGACUUCCAUCACAACUUCCACCAGCAGCUGCAGCAACCCAAAUCCGAGGACGACCAAGGCGGCCUCAAUCGAAGCCAGAAGCGGAACCGUGAUGAUAGCAGCCAUACCAAUACCAACGGAAGCAGUAGCAGCUGUGGAGAUGGCAAGGAAUUGGUGCCAGUAACCUCCUACGGGGAGGCGGAUGGCGAGGCGGCGCGCAGGCCCCGGGGUCGGCCUGCCGGGUCGAGGAACAAGCCGAAGCCCCCCAUUAUCAUAAACCGGGACAGCGCGAACGCCUUCAGAACCCACGUCAUGGAGGUCGCCGGCGGUUGCGACAUAGUCGAGGGCAUGGCCGCCUUCGCAUGCCGCCGGCAGCGAGGCAUGUGCAUCCUUAGCGGUACCGGUACCGUCACAAAUGUCAGGCUCCGCCAGCCGGCAUCCCAGGGCGCUGUCGUCACCCUCCAUGGCUACUUUGAGAUCCUCUCCCUAUCAGGAUCCUUCCUGCCGCCGCCUGCCCCACCCGCGGCCACCGGCCUCACAGUAUACCUGGCUGGCGGGCAGGGACAAGUGGUCGGAGGGAGCGUCGUGGGACCGCUGAUGGCGUCCGGGCCUGUCGUUAUAAUGGCAGCAUCGUUCGCAAAUGCCGCCUAUGACAGGCUUCCUCUGGAGGAAGAGGAGUCUCUACAAGCCCAGGGGCCUCUGGAAUCCCAUGGAUUACUUGGUCAGCAGCAGCAGCAGCAGCAGUUCCCGCAGGACCCGAACCUCUUCCAUGGCCUUGCGCCGAAUCUUCUCAGUAACGUCCAGUUGCCGUCGGAGCCUCACAGUUGGACUACUGGUGCAGGGAUUCACUGAGUUAGGGAGCUCUACUAUUUUCUUAGUUUUCGCUUGUUGUGCUAGAAAUUCUUUCAGGAUUUCAAGUUGACCCUUCUGUCUUGAGGGGACUAGUGCUUUCUUCUGUGUUUCCCCUACAUCUCUUACCUUCUCUAGAAUAACUGAUCUUGGUUUUGGAUUAAGAAACUUGAACAAAUUUAUGAAUUCUCUGUUGUUUCA